UCUGUCGCUUCGAUCUGUAGCGCGCGGGAAACUCACGUGUACUUAUGUAACAGGUGAGAACGGGCCGGGUAUGCGGUGUGACAUGCGACUUGCUUCCGUACAAGUGCCAACAUAUUUGCGAAGAUAACAACACGCCGAAAACAUCAUGUCAAUGAAGAAGGAGUCUCCGUGGGACGUGCAGCUGCACCUGGCGGCGCUGCGCGGCGACACGGAGCGCGUUACCAGGCUGCUCGACACGGGCCGCGUCCACGUCGACUGCCGCGACAAGGACGGGACGACGCCGCUGAUCCUGGCGGCUGCCGGCGGCUUCGUGGACUGCGUGCGGGAGCUGCUGCAGCAGGGCGCCGACCCCAAGGCCCGCCGCACGACUGGAACGACAGCGUUGUUCUUCGCUGCACAGGGUGGCUUCCUGGAUGUUGCACAGGUUCUUCUGGACAACGGUGCACCUGUUGACUCAGCCAGUGUGGAUGGAGGCACGCCACUUUUUGUUGCGUGUCAAUGUGGUCAUCUAGAUGUCGUCAAGGAACUGGUGAACAGAGGAGCCAAAGUUAAUACAUUUAUGAAGGACAGGGCAACACCACUAUUCAUUGCUGCCCAGAAUGGUCACUUAAAAGUGCUGCUCUUCCUUUUGACUCAAGGAGCUGAUCCAGAGCCAAGGCGCACUGAUGGUGCUACUCCACUAUGGAUAGCCGCACAAAUGGGUCACGAUCAUAUUGUGCGGCAACUUCUAAAAGUGGGGGCUAAAGUUGAUGCUACACGACAUGAUGGGGCUACACCAUUGUUCAAAGCUGCUCAUAAGGGCCAUACAGCUGUAAUAGAAGAACUCCUUAAAUUCAAACCAAAUCUUGGACUUCUUCCUAAUGGAGAGAGUGCUCUGCAUGCAGCAGCACUCUUUGGUCAGGUGGCAGUAGUGAAACAGCUGCUAGCAGCAGGUGCAGAUCCCAACCUACAUAACCAAGAAGGUGCAACACCCCUGCAACUCGCAAAAGAAGCUAAGCACACUUCUGUUGUGGAGUACUUGUCCAGUCGUUGGGCAAGUGCCAAUGGCGCAGCUACUCCUGCGCAAUGAUAGUCUGCUCUGAGCACAAAUAGAGCAACGUCAAUUUGGUGAAGGAUUUGACAUGCCUAGGUCUCUAAGGAUAUGAAACUGGAAAAUUUAACACUGGUACUUCGAUUUUUGGGAGCUGUUCCACUUAAGUUUUUUGCUGCAUUGUAAUUCCGGAUUACUGAUGAACCAGGAACAGUACAGUAAUAGACUGCUAAAAAUUAAUAACAAUUUUCAACAUAGCUCAGCAUUACAGCAUUCCAUUUACUAGUUUUUAAUUUUUAUUUUGUAUGGAAAAAAAGCUGAAAUCAUCUACAGUUUGUAAUAUAUGCUCAGUACUUACUUGAAUUCCAUUUUGCCUAUUUAUUUUGAUGUAAAAAUAAAACUUCAAAAGUCUAUCAUAAACAGUUAUUUUUGGAAUACAGUGGAAUGCAGUUACUGGAUAUUUUGAAACUUUUUUGUUAGUAUCAAUAAGUACAUUUUGAGAUCACCAGAAGAGAUAUGAAACACUUGACCUGUGUGUCAUGGAACUUGUUUGUUCAUCAAAGAACUUCACUUUAUUUUGUUAGUUGUGUACAGCCUAAGCCAGUUGUUAAUUGUGUACAGACUGAACCAGUGGUCAAGCAUCAGUGCUUACUAUUUACAACAACAUUGCAAUUAUCACAAAUCUUUUAUCAGUUGAGACCAGAGCAUUAGCUCCUAAGUAUGUAACUAGGCAUGAUCAUAUAAUGAAUCUCUGUACUCAGCAUUUCAGGGAAGGGAAAGUUUGUAGUACCUUGAAAAAUGAUAUUAAAUGCUGAACUUUACUGUCAGUAAGUGAGAAAGAGAAUCUCAUUUGUACGCAUAACUAGCAAGUAAUGUGGAGUCAGACAUGUAUAUUUUUUAACAUGUUCAAUUUUUGUAAAUUCAAAUAGAAUUUUAAGAAAGUGUGUUAAUCAGUAUUGGCAGAAUGUAUAAAUUAAUUUGUUGAACUGGAACUGUAAAUACUAGUUAUAUUUUGUUAAAUGAGUACCUAUCAUUGUAAUGAUUAACCUGUUUGUUAAUCAUUACAUUAAAUAGAGAGAUUUUAUUGUGAACAUUUAUUACCUUAAUGCAUUGAUGCAUCAGACAUGUCAGGCAGUAAGUCACAUUGCUCUGUGCAGCUGGAGAUUAUAAAAUGACCUUCAGAGAAAACAGAAAUUUGAAGGAAUUUAUUUUUCGGCUUAUACUGAAUCAAGAGUGGACUGACAGCAAUAUCUCUUUAUCGAAAAAUAAUAAAUUGGUUUUUCUGUAGCUAUUUAUACAAUGAAUAAAUGAUUAUUAUUGAGGAGAAGCUGAAAAUCACUGAUGGUAAUAGUAUUCAGCAGUUUUUUUUAUUAUUUUUGUUUGAAAAUAAGAAUCAGAUGUGUACCAACUCAUGAGCUAUAGGAGCAUUUCUGCCAGAUAGCCAAAAUGAGUGAGUGAUGUUUGAGUGACAUUAUUGUGUAUUCACUGUCUACAGUUAAGAGAAACUGUUUGGAAAACUAGCGUUUCACUAAUGUCCAUUUCUAUGAUGGGAAGUUUAGUCAUUCUAUUAAUUAUAUUCUAUACAUAUUACAUCAUUAUUGGGCACAGAAAAUCAUCUUGAAAAAUAGAUGAAUUUCCAUGUGUUUUUUAUUAAUAAAAUGAUUCUCCAGGAGCUGUGAAGAAUACUGAGCUUCCCCUUUGUAAUAAAUAAAGAAUAAAUUUGAAGAAGAUUACAAUGAAACUAAGAUAAAGAGCAGCACUGUUGAAGCAGAAAGAAAGGUUUUGUUCUUUUAUUUACUAUUAUCACUGUUGAUAACAUCUGUCAACAGUGGAUAUUGAAGGAGAAAAUAUUGGAAGGCAACUAGGUAUAGAAAAAUUGGUAUGGAACUCAGAAUCAACAGAUAUAUACAAGGGAAAAAACUGCAGAAUGAGAAGCAAAAUCAGUUAAAUACUUGGUCAGUUAAUACUGUUAACUAUUGUACCAUAGUUUCACUAAUUUGUUUGCCAUCAUUCCAACUGCUGUAUCUUUCCUAGCAAUCAAUCACUCUUUAGAUCUUAUACUUCCUACCCUCACUCCAUUCUUUUCCUCCUUUCUUCCAGUUUUUCAUUGGAGCCAGUUGCUGGCUCUGAAAGAUGAAACACUCUUGACAGUAUUUCAUUGUAACUUCAGUCAUCAUUGACUAUGAUUUUCUUUACCUACCAUUACUUUAACAGUAGUAUUUAACAUUAUUUCUAUUCAUGUUACUGUGUAUCCUCAGAGAAAGUGCAUAUGUGGGAUGUGAAGACAUUUGGCCAAUUUUAUGUAGCAUAAAUGGGAUGGCUGCCACAGGUUUCCUACAAUUAUGCUUUAUAAAUCCAAGACGCUCACAAGAAAAGAAAUUGUUGCCUAUGAUAUUACGUUACACAAUAAAUUACGUAAGUAUUAUUGUAAGUCUGUUGAAAGUUGCUACAAAUGUAUUCAAUAUUUUGUUAAUACUGGAAUUUGUGUGUAUCAGUACCAGAAGUUGAAUAAAUUGUUAUGCUUAAAUUUUGAAAUAUAUAACACAA